AUGGCUUCAGACGAAAUAGUCUGGCAGGUCAUUAACAACCAGUUCUGCUCCUUCAAGCUCAAAACUACCAAAGAAUCGAAUUUUUGCCGCAACGAGUACAAUGUGACCGGUCUCUGCCGAUCGCAGUACUGCCCACUGGCAAACUCACGAUACGCCACCGUUCGUCAAGGUCCUAAUGGAAUCUUCUUGUACAUCAAGGCCGUUGAGCGAGCGCACAUGCCGAAUAAGUGGUGGGAGAAGAUAAAGCUGCCGUCGAACUACGCAAAGGCUCUAGAGGAAAUAGAUACGCGGCUCAUCUUCUUCCCCAAAGUUCUGGUCCACCGCUGCAAGCAAAGACUCACGCGAUUGACGCAAGUUGCCAUACGGACCAAACGACUGAUGAAAGAGAACGAAAGACUAGGCGAGAAGCUGGUCCCGAAGUUGGCGCCCAAGGUCCGAAGAAGAGAGGAGACAAGAAUGCGGAAAGCGGAAGCGGCCGCGAAGAUAGAAAGAGCCAUCGAACGAGAACUACUGCAGCGAAUGAAGGAAGGCGCAUAUGGCGAGCAGCCGCUGAACGUCGACGAGAAGGUAUGGCAGCGAUUUCUCAAGCGCCAAGAGAAGAGCGGCGAAGCAUUGCGGGACGAGGAUCUCGACGAAGGGAUUGAAGAGGAGGAAGAGACUGAGCACGAGUACGAGUAUGAGCGGGGCGAAGCUGCUGGUGAUGUCGAGUAUGUUAGCGACGUAGAGGGCGAAUCGGAUGAGGAUCGUGACGACCUGGAGGACUGGAUAGGCGACAAAAGUUCAGAUCAAGGCGACGGAAGUAGUGAAGAGGAAGAUGAUAGCGAGGAUAGCAGUGAGGAUGAGGAUACGGAUGAUGAGGAGCUGAAGAAGGCGCUUGGAAGUCUUAAGAGGAAGCGCCCAGCGUCGCGCCCAGCGAAACCUGUCAAGAAGGGCAGGAAAGGACCGCACGUGGAGAUCGAGUACGAGAGGGAGCCGGCGGUACGGCAGGCUAUUACGUCCUGA